AUGAGCACGCCUUUGCACAGCAUCUGGGCGUGGAUGAAGAAAUCGCUGAACAACGUGUCGUCGCCGUCCAAGUUUUACAGGAACAUGACGAAGCCUCCACUCCGCAUCCUGUGCUUCGGCAACUCUCUCACCCGCGGCUACCCCGUAGAGCACCCCUAUGCUCGCAAGCUGGCCAGCAAGAUCGAGCAGGCCUUCCCCGGACGCAAGGUCGAGUACGUCGUCGACGGCCUGCCUGGCGAUCUCGUCACUAUCGGGAAUUAUAUUCCUCGGAUGCAGAGCAAUUGGGCCGAAGGGAAAAAACCGUUCGACUGGACAAUUGUUCUUGGCGGAACUAAUGACCUCGGAUGGGGCCGAGAAGCAGAUAAAAUCAUUGAGGGUCUAGAGAAGUCCUGGGAUAUCCCACUGUCGAAAGGAGGGAAAGUCAUGGCGCUCACGAUACCGGAAACUAAGGGGAUUUUCCCCGACAUCACGGAGAAACGCACUAUAAUAAAUGAUGCCAUCAGAAUUUAUGACAGGGAGAACUACUUCCACUUUGAUCUGCACAAAGAACUCCCCUAUCACUCUCUGUCUCCUGAGGACCGCGCCAAAUACUGGAAUCCAGACGGCGUGCACCUCAAGGCUGCGGGCUACGAUCGCAUGGGCGAGAUGAUCGGCGACGCCCUGGUCCAAAUCCUUCGGCUCGCCGAGGCCCAAGAAGACGAGAUCAGCAGUGUCGUCUCGGACGCGCGACAGCGCAAGGCGAUCGAGGAACUGGUGUUCGAGGAGGAGAUGGGCGAUCCGCGGCUUCUGAGCCAGGGCUACAUCGUAGUUCGCAAGAAGGAUCUCAACUGAGAAAACCCCCAGCAAAUAGAUACGAUAGAAGUGAUAGAAUUUUAGCGAUGUUUUCUAAUCACUCAGUGCCCUGCAUCCCAUUAUUCCUACUCAGACGAUGGGGGCGGACGAGUAAAUUUCUAUCCUGCCUCCUAUUCAGUGAAAGAAACCCCCCAUCCUCCGAGCCUUUCUGUGCUCUGUUUAAUCUAACCCCUCAACGCCAUACUGUGCAAAUUAUGACCAAGUUCUGUUAUUACCAAUCCGAAACGUAGUAUGGUCUUUUUUCCCUCUAUAGUUGGUCAGACCAGUCGCGAGCCUAGUCUAUGCCUGACCAUGCCCAGCAAGAAAAACGCCACUUUGGGUUCAUAU